AGGCGUUGAGAAGCUCUUCCGAUGUAAUUGCCAGGUUACCUUGGUGAUGGCUUCAAGCUGCUAGGCCUCGAGUUGCGGGAUUUGUCUCACCUUUGAGACGCUUGGGUGUCCAGCCGUGCUGUGCUGAUCCUCACCGCAGGGAUGCGAGCUGUGUGCAUUUGGGGAAGCACCCUCAAGUCACAUGCUAGUUGAACAGCAGCUGUGAACUCUGUACUGAGAGGGUGUUCUGUGAAUUACUGAACUUCCGAGAGGGCCUGAGCAAAGCCAGGACUUCCAGUCUCAGUUCCCUGCUGCAGUGCUGUCUCUUGACUUCCUUCAAAGGGCAGGGUCAUCCCGGGGUUAGGCAUUGUCCUAUGCUGAGAACAACGGCUGCGCACCUCGAGUGUGAAGCUCGCCGUGCAGAUGUCUGUAGGGGAAAAGCAAGUGCUGGCUAGAUGAGAUGGGGAUAUUUUCUAGGAGGGCUUUAGCACUAUUACUGGAAAAUAAAUGCUUGGAGUGCUGAGUUGUCCUGUACCAAAACUUCUUUCCACUUCUCCUGUCCUGCCUCCUCAGGUCUCGUGGCCGUUGGACUUCUCCCAAGCAGGGUGCUGGGGAGGUAUGUGUUUACCCUGAACAUCAGCCAGGGGCUGGAUGAGCACAGAGCUGCUCCCAGCAAAUGAAGCCGUGUUCUGGCCUCUGAAGUGGAGGCAGGCAGCUCCCCAAACCUCCCCCUCGGCGUGUAGGACACUGCCUCCUUUGAAGGAGAGGGCCCAAGAAGCCGGUGCCCUGACCAGUGACCAUGUCACAGGAUUUCAGCUGCUUGUUUUUGAGUAAAAACAGCAGUCUGUGGUGAGAUGGCUUAUAAUGCUUUGAUUUUCCCCUCCUCCAAGUUCUCUUCAGAAUCCUAAUAUGGAAGAGGAUGGGGUUUUGAUUGGUGCUGACUUGUCUCUUGAGUUUGUGGCUCAUCAGGGAGCUGUCUGUGCUAGAGCCUGUAUCAGGAAGAUCUAAGCUUCCUUGUUUUCCUGUACGUGUGCUGUCCUCACCUCGUGCUGAAGGGACUGGUGUCCCUGCCCUACGUUUUGCUGUGGAGAGUGCCUAAUCCCCACCACAGACCAGCAAUGCCGUCCCUUGUGGAGAGCUCAGAAGGGGGAGACGAAGGGGAAAGCUUACGCUACGAGGAAAUGGAAGAUGACAACGUCAGCCCCACCGACCUUUCAGAGUUGCUGAAGGAUGGGACUAAGGAAUCCCAUGACCGUGCGGAGAACACUCAGUUUGUCAAAGACUUCCUGAAAGGACGGAUCAAGAAGGAGCUCUUCAAGCUGGCUACUGCGGCACUUUACUUCACAUACUCUGCUCUGGAAGAGGAAAUGGAUCGCAAUAAGGACAACCCAGUCUUUGCUCCUCUGUAUUUCCCUCUAGAGCUUCACCGGAAAGAAGCAUUGAUGAAAGACAUGAAAUAUUUCUAUGGAGAAGACUGGAAAGACAAGAUACAGUGCUCAGAGGCAACGCAGCACUAUGUGGACAGAAUCCACCAUGUGGGGCAGCAUGAGCCUGAGCUGCUAGUGGCUCAUGCUUACACACGCUACAUGGGGGACCUCUCAGGUGGCCAGGUGCUGAAGAAGGUAGCCCAGAGGGCCCUGAAGUUGCCCAGUACAGAUGAAGGGAUCCAGUUCUAUGUGUUUGAAAACAUUUCCAAUGCGCAGCAGUUCAAGCAGUUGUACAGAGCAAGGCUGAACGCACUGGACUUGGACAAGAACUGUAAGGAACGGAUCGUGGAAGAGGCCAACAGAGCCUUCAGGUUCAACAUGCAGGUAUUUGAUGAGCUGGACAAGAUCGGCAAGUCACUGACAGAAGAAGCCCAAGAAGGAGGCCUUCCAGUCCACGAUGGAAAAGGAGACCUACGCAAAUGCCCUUACUAUGCAGACAAACUAGGCAAGGCAGCACCCGGCUGUCCCUACCAUGCUGCCGUGGCCUUGGCAAAGCAGCCCCUAGUGCAGCUGAUCCUUGCGGCUUGCGUUGCUGUGGCAGCAGGAGCUGCAGCGUGGUACCUAAUGUGAUGCCAAGGCUGCCACCUGGCUCUUGGUGGUGGCAAGGCGCACCCUGUCCUUUUCCAAACUGUUCCCUUGCCAUCGGCGGAGUUGACUGCAGGGAAGUAAGUGGGGGGGGGGGGGGAAUCUGGGGGACUGUCCAAGACUUUUUGCACACCAAUAAUGCAAGCACAGUAAUAUAAUGUCUUUAGCUAACUAGUGUACAGGACUGGUCUGGUGAGAAGAUGUGAGGAUUCCAGUUCAGCGCUGCUCCACUCAGGCUGGAGCAGCUUUUAAAGCUAGAGAUGUCUUGUCCUGUAGUGACAAAGUCUACACAUGCUUGGCUUUUCAUCUCUUUCCCUGGAGCAGUCUCUGUUUCCUGCCCUGGGCUGCAACCGAAGAAUAUGUCAUCAGUCUUUUAGUGAAGAGCACUCAGUUUUGUACCCUGAGAAACUGAUGCUUGUCAUGCUGUGGUGGUUGUGCCAUGGGCCUGUUAGCUCAAAGGAAUGUCCUGCUUGUUGCAGUGUCCCAGGGACCAAGCAUAACUCAUGGGUGGAAGCUCCCUGGGUGAAGGGACAGGACCAAAUGGGGGGGGUGGGGGGUAUGAAGGUGUCAGAUGUAUAUUGUGCAACAUCAGUUCUUUGCUGAAGCCUUGACUGGAAUAAAAACUUGCUAUGCUGUA